AUGCCUGGCGGCAUCCACACUCCCCUCUCGGUCCUCCUGGCCUGGCCCAAACCCAACUAUGUGGAUCCCGUAACAAGAGACUGGACCAUUCCCGCUAUUUUGAUAGUUGCUUUGUCAAUAAUGACCCUCGUGUUGGCUGCUCGCUUUUGGGCAAGAUUUGUCGUACAGAAGAAUUCAGGACUUGACGAUUGGUUGAUUAUUGCUGCUCUACCGGCCGUAUAUGGACUCACUAUUACCACUUGUCUCGGCGCGAGAGUAUAUGGGUUCCAAUAUCAUUCCUGGGACCAUACACCGGAGCUUUCUGUGACAAGUCGUAAGGUAGUCUUCGCGAUUGAACUGCUCUACGUCUUUGCCACUUCCCCGACGAAGGUCUCCAUAUUGUUUUUUUAUCGACGAAUGGCAAAUGGCAGCAUAUCCAGGAACUUCAUUCUGUUAGUAUGGGCCAGCAUUGCCUUUGUCAUUGUAUAUGCCGUUAUCUUCAUUACCGUCCUGCCCCUCACAUGCAACCCUGUCAACGCCUUCUGGAAUCAAUUCGAUUUCAGUCCCGGGGGAUGGCCAGAGACACACAAAUUCCAUUGCCACCCGGAGUACAAAUCCCUCUUUGCUGGAGCUAGCAUUAGCAUGGUUCAAGACAUAAUGGCCGCUGUUCUACCCAUCAUGCUCCUGUGGAACCUCCAGCUCCCUCGUCGCCAGAAACUUGCAAUCUACGGCAUCUUUGCCCUCGGCUUAGUAACUACAAUCUGCGGCGCAAUGCGCAUUUACUAUUUGCACUGGGUCUACUUCGAAACAUACGACAUCUCCUGGGAGUGUUUGCCUGGUUGGCUCUGGAGCUGCCUCGAAGCCGACCUCGCUGUCAUCUGCGCCUCCGCGCCCGCCCUCAAGGUCUUCUUCCGCCGCUACCUCAACAUUUCCACGCGCAGCGGCCGCAGCGGCCACAGCAUGGGGUAUAUCCGGAACCUCGACCAGCCGUCGGACAACUCCCGUUCGCGCAAUUGGAGCUCGCCUUCUCAGUCCGCGUCGUCACCACUGCCCUCCGACGGCAUCAAAGUGUCAACGGCAAUGGGUGUUACUAUCGAGGAUCGAGGGGACAGUACAUCGGACAUGGAGGUUGGCUCGACGAGGAGUAGCAAGGAGCUUACGAGCUUGCCGAAUGUAGACCAUAAUAAGACGAUGCCGAGUACGCCGAGGGACUCGCGGUUACAGAAGGGGUCGAGAACGAUGGUUUUUGCGACAUAUACGCCGGAGGAGAACGGGGAUGCGGAGAGGCAAGAGAGGUCUGGGAGGGGGUGGCGGCGGUAA